AUGGCUCCCCCGCCCCUGCCCGUAACGACUGCUGAGUCCCCCUCGUCUCCGCGCAAACUCGCUGCUACCACGUCGCUGCCUAUCUUGCGAGUCGCGCCACAGAACAUUCAGGGGGCUACGACGUCUCCUCGCGGUCUCGACGGUUCUGGGGUCAGACCCGCUGCUACGCAUGCCCUCCCUGAUCCUAGGGCGCAGGACACGAACAUCGAGGUCCACGCUUCACAAGUCUCUGAUUCACAGACGUUGCAUGAUGCUGCGGCGCAAGGCGACACGGAUCCCGAUCCAGGGGGAGCACAGGACACUGAUGAGACAGACUUGGCGUUAUACCAAUCCUUCGAGCUUGCCAACGCCAACGUCCAAUACUGGAUAUUGGACCUUCGUAUCGUUCUAGCGGCGUUACCCGGCAUGCCUGACGCUCGCGCCCCACCCGUUGCAUGCCUCAUCCCACCCGUUGCAUGUUCGCGCCCCACCCGUUGCAUGCCUCAUGGACCCCCUGCAGGUGGAGGAGCUCAUCAAAAUCGUGACCGCUGCCGUCGACAUUCUGGCUUGCCCACCGUAUCAACGAUUUAG